AUGUGCCGGAUCCCACCCACCCCUGCCCAGUCUCAGCUCCAGUUUCACGGCAGGGUGAAGUCUGCGUCCGUCCAGACCGAGAGCGCGGCGGCGGCGUCUCUUCCCCUGCGCCUCGCGGUUGCGCAGCCCUCUCCCCCAAGCGGCGCGGGUCUGGGUCUGGCGGGCGCCCCGGGGGAGGCGGGGCGAGGCGGGGGGAGGCGGGGCGAGGCGGCCGGAGCGCCCGGGCGGAGCCUGGAUGCCUCCUCUCCGAAUCCCCUGCUCCCUGGCGGCUCUUCACGGCUGUGCCUCCUUUCCUUUGGCGAAGGGGUGGAGUUUGACCCUUUACCUCCCAAGGACGUCAGGUACACCUCUUCGGUGAAAUAUGACUCGGCGAAGCACUUCAUCAACCACGUCUACAUGCCGAUGGGGCUGGGGGUGGCCUCCUGCAGCCAGACGGUCGUCUGUGUCCCGGACAGCACGUGGCGCAGCUACAAGGCGGAGAUGCGCUUCGAGCCCCGCCCCAGGCCCAGGCAUUUCACCAGCACCGCCAUCGUCUACCCCAAGCACACCACGACGGUGUACACCACCACACUGGAUUACAAUUGCAAGAAGGCCGCCCGGCGUUUUUUGUCCAGCGUGGAGCUGGAGUCCGCGGAGUGCUCCCGCAGCGAUCACGGCCCCGGGGAUUGCUGACUGCUCUCUUUGGCCCACUCGUUCCGUGGCGCCAUCCAAGAUGAAGAGGGGUGGCCGCUCCAAUGACUCUCUGCCACUCGGAUGACUUUCAUCUGUAGCUACCUCUGCCCCCCUCGUGCCAACCUUCGCCCCAGAGGAUCCCGUUGGCCUGCACUUCCUCCUUAUGUUUAUAGGAAUGUAAUUCCCACCCCCACGCCCCAAGGACACUUUUUGCUUCCUCCUUUGAUGCUCCAGUUCUUAUCACAGUCUUGCCUUGAAUGUGGUGAAAAAGAAAGGAAUCAUUUCACGGAGAAAAUUGACUUUCCCUCCCAGAAGGGGAUGGCUGCCCUCUGUUGAAAAAGUCCUUGAAUUGACUCUCUGGGCUGCGGAAGCCCUGUCGGUUGCUCUGGCUUUAAGGAUUCUUAUUUUUAAAAACUCUUCUGUUUAGAAAAUCAGAAGCCAUAAUUUAUUUUCACUUGUCACAGAACCUCGCUGUGUAAAAAUAUAGAACUCUGAGUUUGCCGAGGCAGGUCGUUCAGGGGACGGGCCACCGUGAUGGAUGUAGUUCUUUUAAACUUUUCCAGAAAUAGCCUUUAUUCCCUCCUUUGUUUGUUCUUUCCUUUUUUUU